UCUACGCACCUAAGCAGCAGGCAAAGCCAGUAGCUUACAAUCGUCGCAGCGCAGUUCCAAAUCAGCGCCACUGCAAGGACAUGGCAAGAACUCGCCUCGCAGCGUUUCUUAUCGGCAUGGCGAGCUUCUUCUCCGUCGUUGCCGGCCAACUCCGACCAAUGCCUGCGAGUGGCCUUCCCGGUGAUCUCUUUGCCCUAGGAAUCGCCUCUAAAAUCCGUACCGACUGCAACUCAACGGCGAGCGCGUCGUCAGACUUUGGCCGCAUCAUGGAGGCCGCCCCGGAAGCCGUUCUACACCCUGCCACGCCCGCCGACAUCGCUGCGCUCAUCAGGUUCUCCACGUCCUCGCCGGUGCCAUUCCCCGUGUCACCGUGCGGGCAGGGCCACUCCGUCCGCGGGCAGUCUCUCGCUCCGGGUGGCGGUGUUGACAUGCGCACGCUUGGGCGCGGUCACCACCGCAUCAACGUGUCCACGGACUACGUCGACGCCGGCGGCGAGCACCUGUGGGUCGACGUCCUCCGCGCUACGCUGAAGCACGGCCUCGCGCCGCGCGCGUGGACGGACCAUCUGCAACUCACUGUCGGCGGCACGCUCUCCAAUGCUGGCAUCGGCGGCCAAGCAUUCCGGCAUGGCCCGCAAAUCGCCAAUGUGCACGAGCUUGACGUGGUUACCGGGACGGGUGAGAUGGUGACAUGCUCACGUGACAGGAGGAAUGACCUGUUCUUCGCCGCAUUGGGUGGACUGGGCCAGUUCGGGAUCAUAACCCGGCCUCGGAUCGCUCUUGAGUCGGCCCCAAAGCAGGUGCGCUGGGUUCGACUUGCCUACUCGGAUGUGGUUGCGUUCAUCAGAGACCAGGAGCUGCUCAUUUCUAAGCAUGCUAGGGAAGCCGGUUUCGACUAUGUCGAAGGCCAAGUCCAGCUUAACCGGACGCUAACCAAGGGCCCCAAGUCAACGCCCUUCUUCUCCGAAGCCGAUAUCAACAGGCUUGCUGGCCUCGCAUCCGAGACUGGCUCCGGCGCGAUCUACUUCAUCGAAGCCGCCAUGUACUAUGAUGAGACGACCGCUCCAUCUGUCAACCAGAAACUAGGGAUGGUGCUAGCUCAACUGAGCUUUGUGCCCGGGUUCGUGUUCAAAGAUGUGACGUACUUCCAGUUCCUCGACCGCUUGCGCGUGGAGGAGGCUGUGCUUCGAUCGGCUGGCGUGUGGGAUGUGCCACACCCAUGGCUGAACCUUUUCGUCCCCCGGUCACGCAUUCUCGACUUCGACGCUUGCGUGCUCAAAGACAUCCUCGGGGGUGACAACCCAGUCGGGCUCAUCCUCAUGUACCCUAUGAACACGGCCAAAUGGACCUCCCAGAUGACGGCGGUGAAGCCACCCACAGUCGAGGACGUAUUCUACAUGGUGGGACUUCUUCGGUCGGCUCUAUCCGCCGAUGAACUAGAGCACCUACAGAGGGAGAACCAAUCGGUGUUGGCAUUUUGUGACAAGGAGGGCAUCGAGUGCAAGCACUAUCUGCCACACUACACAUCACAAGAUGGAUGGCGGCGACAUUUUGGGGCCAAGUGGAGCAACAUCGCUCAGCUCAAGAACAAAUAUGAUCCCCACAUGAUAAUGUCACGGGGGCAGAGAAUUUUCCCCUUGCCAACUGUGCCAGCGGCAAGCAUGGCGACCACAUAG